AUGAUCCCCACUCUUCACGACCUCCAGUUCUACGCCGAUCCCCGUGCAAACCAGACUCGAUAUGGCACAUUGGCUCGGACCUUCGAGUCCAAUUUCGGGACCUCUCCCCAGUUCUUCGCCAGAUCGCCAGGGAGAGUCAACUUGAUGGGCGACCACAUCGACUACAACUUCUUCUCGGUGUUGCCGAUGGCCAUCGACGUGGACGUGGUAGUUGCAGUCUCCACGGUAUCUGACAGCAACGAAAUAACCAUCACCAACACCAACCCCGAGUUUAAGAAGUCCACAAUCGUCUUGCCCUCGGACGGAAGUGUGGUCACCAUCAACCACGAGCUGUUUAGCUGGGCCAACUACUUUAUGUGUGGAUUGAUAGUUGCCCACAAGUACAUUUUGGAUUCGCACCCCGAACUAGUCUCCGGAGGAAAGAAACCAUUGAAAGGCCUCAAUAUGACCUUCGAUGGGAGGGUUCCUACAGGAGGAGGUUUGUCGUCAUCCGCUGCCAUCUGCGUGGCUUCUACCUUGGCCAUUCUUAGAGCAAACCGAUUGACUGAGAUUCCCAAAAAAGACUUGACAAAAAUCACCGUAGUCACUGAGCACUAUAUAGGUGUCAAUACGGGAGGGAUGGACCAGUGCGCCUCUAUCUAUGGCGAAAUCUCUAAGGCUUUGCUUAUCCAAUUCAAGCCCGAAUUGAAUGCUACUCCGUUCAAGUUUCCACAAUUACAUGAAGACAACGAGUUGGUAUUCCUCAUCACCAACAGUUUGCAGGUGUCUAACAAGCACGAAACAGCUCCCUUUCACUAUAACUUGAGAGUUGUGGAAAUGGCCAUUGCAUCCGACUACUUGGCUGCGAAACUUGGCUUGCCUCCCCUUCCAAAGGACUCCAAUAUCAAGACAGGUAGUUUGCGCGGGUUGUUGGACGCAUACUUUGAAUCUAAGAGCCAGCCCAAGUGGAAUGGAAAGGAUAUUGCGAUAGGAAUCGAGAGAUUAACCGCGAUGCUGGAAUUGUUGGAGCGUAAUGAUAUCUUCACCAGUGACCAAAAGGAAGGCUUCACGACCGAAGAGGCCGCAAACGGAUUGGGAGUGACGCUCGAUCAGUUCCACCAGACCUACCUAUCCAGUUUUCCCGUUAAGUACACCAAGCUCAAAUUGUACCAGAGGUCGAAACAUGUCUUCCAAGAGGCUUCGAAGGUGUUACAGUGCUUGGACUUAUUACAAAGCUACAACGGAAAUCCUGACAAAUUCCUCGACGACUUUGGCAACAUCAUGAACAAGUCACAAGUGUCUCUUGAUGUGUUGCACAACUCCUCGAACAAAGAGUUAAAUGAAAUUUGUGCCAUUGCCGUGGCAAACGGGUCUUACGGGUCGAGAGUUACGGGAGCGGGCUGGGGAGGCUCCAUAGUCCACUUGACCACUGCUAAGAAGGUAGGAGCCUUGAAAGCGGCAUUAAAGACUAAUUAUUACGAUAAGCACUUUCCUGGGCUCACUGAGCAAGAGUUGGCUGAGGCCAUUGUGGUCAGUCAGCCUGCGUUGGGAAGCAGUAUAGUGGAGUUGUGA